AUGAAAUCGAAGCUCAAAUCAAUUCAAAACAGAAACCCAAAUGAGAGAGCAAUGAUGGAGGCGACGGCGGUAGGGACGAAAGCGGUGGCGUCGGAGGUCGGAGCAGGGGCCGGAGCCAUUUGUGCAUUGACGUUUGUCACGGCCGAUACGGCCAUCAACAUUACAACGACGGCGGCGAAGAGCUUCAUCUUCAUUGAUUCCAUUGCUUCGAAAUUGAAGAGUGAUUUAAAGGAAUCGAAGAGAAUGUUUGAAGUUAUGGAGAAAGUGGGGAAUUUGAGUGAUUGA